GCUAAGCUGAAUGGCUUCAGCAAAGAGAAGGAACUGAGGUCAGUGGUUAAUUAAGUUUUCUGAGUAGGUAGAGAAAAUCCUGGCCUGUCAGUCUUGUGGUUUCCAGGAGUUUUGACAUGAGUCCAGAUUUGAUAAAUACAAGUGUUGUGUUUUUUUUUCCUCUUCUAAGUGACUAUACAUUUUAAAUAGCUAAAACAUCUGUUCAGUAACACUGUAAACCAUGUAUACUCAGAACUCCUGAUAAAGGGGACUGACGAACAGCUGUUUCAGAGAGACUUGGAUAAAAUAGCCACUGUCUGUUUUACCAGACCUAGCCAGAGUGAUCCUUAGAACGAUCAAUAUUUGGAGGUUUGUUUUUAUUUUUUUUUAAUUGCUUGAGAGAAAAGGACAAAGAGAGACUUGUUAACAGGAAUGUAUUUUUAAAUUGUCAAUAACAAAAAUAACAAGGAGUGAGCAAGUCCAUGGAAGCAGAUAGUUACUAAUACAUUGAGAUCAAUCACCAAGUAAAAGAAAGCCAGUUUCUUCCAGAAGCCCAUCUAGAGCUCAUCUGAUGGAAGCAGAGGCUGGCAAGAAUGCAAAGCAAGGCACUGGGAAGACGGCCAACAAAGCCAUUCGAAUUGCCUUGGUCAUAUUCAUCACUGGAACUGCUGUGCUUGGGACCCUUCUUUUUUUGGUUAGCCAAGGUUUUUUAAGUCUUCAAGCUAAACAGAAAUACUGCUUGACACCAGAAUGCAUUGAAGUUGCGGCUGCCAUCUUGAGCAAAAUAAAUCAGUCUGUGGAUCCCUGUGAAAACUUUUUUCAGUUUGCCUGUGAUGGCUGGAUAAAUGAUAAUCCAAUUCCAGAAGAUAUGCCAAGCUAUGGAAUCUAUCCUUGGCUGAGACGCAAUGUUGAUCUUAAACUAAAGGCACUUCUAGAGAAAUCAAUAAGCAGAAGGAGGGACACUGAAGCCAUCCAGAAAGCUAAAAUUCUUUAUGCAUCUUGCAUGAAUGAGAAGGCAAUAGAGAAAGCUGAUGCUAAGCCACUGUUACACAUAUUGAGACAUUCUCCUUUCCGCUGGCCUGUGUUAGAAUCUAACAUUGGUCCAGAAGGUGUGUGGUCAGAAAGGAAGUUCAGCCUCCUUCAGACCCUUGCGGUGUUCCGUGGACAAUAUAGCAACUCUGUGUUUAUCCGUUUGUAUGUUUCACCUGAUGACAGAGAAUCCAACAAACACAUAUUGAAGCUAGAUCAAGCAACUCUCUCCUUAGCAGUGAGGGAAGAUUACCUUGAUAACAGCACAGAAGCUAAAGCUUACCGAGAUGCCCUUUACAAAUUCAUGGUGGAUACUGCAGUGCUUUUGGGUGCUAAUGUCUCUCGAGCUGAACAUGAUAUGAAAUCAGUGCUUAGGCUGGAAAUUAAAAUAGCUGAGAUAAUGAUUCCACAUGAAAAUCGGACCAGUGAAGCUAUGUACAAUAAAAUGAAUAUUUCUGAACUGAGUGCCAUGAUACCACAGUUUGACUGGCUCAGUUAUAUUCAAAAAGUCAUAGAUACGAAACUCUACCCUGAACUCAAGGAUAUAGGCCCAUCAGAAAAUGUGGUGGUCCGAGUACCACAGUAUUUCAAAGAUCUCUUCAGGAUACUAGGAUCUGAGAGGAAAAAGACUAUUGCCAACUAUUUGGUGUGGAGAAUGGUUUAUUCGAGAAUUUUAAAUCUCAGCAGACGUUUUCAAUAUAGGUGGCUUGAAUUCUCUCGGGUAAUCCAAGGGACUACAAUUUUGUUACCUCAGUGGGAUAAAUGUGUAAACUUCAUUGAAAGUGCCCUUCCUUAUGUUGCUGGAAAAAUGUUUGUGGAUGUUCACUUCCAGGAAGAUAAGAAGGAAAUGAUGGAGGAACUGAUUGAAGGAGUUCGCUGGGCCUUCAUUGACAUGCUGGAUAAAGAAAAUGAGUGGAUGGAUGCAGGGACAAAGAGGCGAGCCAGAGAAAAGGCAAGAGCUGUUCUGGCAAAGGUUGGCUACCCCAAGUUUAUAAUGAAUGAUACUUAUGUUAAUGAAGACCUCAAAGCAAUGAAAUUUUCAGAAAGUGAUUAUUUCGGCAAUGUUUUACAAACUCGCAAGUAUUUAGCACAAUCUGAUUUCUUCUGGCUGAGAAAAGAAGUUCCAAAAACAGAAUGGUUCACCAAUCCAACAACAGUCAAUGCCUUUUAUAGUGCAUCUACCAACCAGAUUAGAUUUCCAGCAGGGGAACUUCAAAAGCCUUUCUUCUGGGGAACAGCAUAUCCACGGUCUCUGAGUUAUGGUGCUAUAGGAGUCAUUGUUGGCCAUGAGUUUACCCACGGAUUUGAUAACAAUGGCAAAAAGUAUGAUAAGAAUGGAAACCUCGAUCCUUGGUGGUCUAAUGACUCUGAAGAAAAGUUUAAAGAGAAAACAAAAUGUAUGGUUAGCCAAUAUAGCAGCUAUUAUUGGAAGAAAGCUGGAUUAAAUGUGAAAGGGAAGAGGACAUUGGGAGAAAAUAUUGCAGAUAAUGGAGGUUUGCGAGAAGCUUUUAGGGCCUAUAGGAAAUGGAUAAAUGAUAAAAGGCAAGGAGUGGAAGAGGACCUCCUACCAGGCAUUAAAUUCACCAAUAAUCAACUCUUCUUUCUGAGUUACGCUCAUGUGAGGUGCAACUCCUACAGACCAGAAGCUGCAAGAGAACAAAUCCAGAUUGGUGCUCAUAGCCCUCCACAGUUUAGAGUUAAUGGUGCAGUGAGUAACUUUGAGGAAUUCCAGAAAGCUUUUAACUGUCCAGUCAAUUCAACAAUGAACAGAGGUACAGAGUCCUGCCGGCUUUGGUAGAUGAUCCUUUUCUUCAUCCCAUCCUGACAAGAUUCUAUUAUGAGAAAAGCUCCAAGACUGAAUUAUAAACUACCACUACUUCUGACAUGUUUCUCUACAUAUGGGCUAUAUUUUGAUUGCAUCUUCCUAAUUUCAGUACAUCGCAAAACUAAUCACCAUGUGAUCAGAAUUUUAGGACUUUUCAAAUUAAAAUUUUUAAAAAAAGAGAAGAAUAAGUUUCUUAAGGAAAAAAUACAUCUACCUUCAAACCCUGCUGUGUUUGUAGAACUAUGAUGGAUCACUGCCAUUAUCCAUGCUACUUUUUCAUUUGUUGUUAGCAAACAGCUAAGCAGAAUAACCCCAUUUUAAUCUUAUACUUUGCAGGAGGGCCGAGCCAAAUGUGCAUAUAAAAAAUUCAAUUUUUCAAACCUGCAAGUCCCCAGGAUGAAGACACCUUUCUUGUGGCUCAGGAGGUCUUGCUAUAAUGUAGGAUACAGUAUUUGAUGAUAUCUAGUCAUCAUUUACAUAGUAUUUCCUAAACAAUUGCUUAUAAUAUGGGAGAGACUUUGAGGAUUUUAUUUUCAAAUCAAACUCUGGCCUUCUAUUUUGGAUACUCUCAAGAUAGAACAAGAAUUCAUUAGAGUGACCACCAUAUUAGAAUCAAUGUUAACUAAAUACAAAAGUUCCUUCUCCUUGGUUUAAAAUUUAAUAAAAAGGAAAAGGAAAACAUUUAGAUUUUAUAACUUGUUGGGUAAAAAUGGAUACCAUGACCCAGAAAGGGAAGUUUGUCCAAAGACAUGGAAGCAGUAGAAAAAUCCAAAGGAUAUGAAGUUUCCAAAUGAUUAUUUAGUUCCUCACCCUACAAAUUCAAGGCUUGUUCUGUUUAGUUUCUGUCCAUCAAGUUAUUCUUAGAUGUGUUUCUCUCAAAUUCUAGGGUUAUUUUCUAAAGACAGAAGAUGUCAAGAAAAUGUUUCCAAGUUCUCAUUUAGAAACUUAGUUUUCAUUGAUAUGCCAACUCAGAAUCAUGAGGAUCUUGCUUUUUGUAGGGAAAGCCAAAAUCCCUUAUGUUUUUGUUAUUAUAGUCUCACUUCAUUUUCCUUUCAUCAUUAAAAGCAAAGACACUAAACAUAGGAUGAUUCAUUGAUUCCUAUGCAUUUUAGAUAUAUUGAUUUAUUUAAAAGUUUCUUGUAAAAAUCCACAGGGAAAGAAAG